CCGCUUGUUUGGAUCGCGCGAAGGGUAAUUAAAUAAACUAUUUAUCAAUUCUAUCGUAUAUAACUUUAACAAUGUAAGCAAUGAUCAUAUAGGCAGAUAGUUCCCCUUAUACAUGCAAUAUAUCGUUGCUAUGAAAGAACUUACAAUGGAUUUUCUAAAGGCUUAAGUACGGAUUAAGAGAACGUAGGUAUUAAAAUUUGCGAAGUCUACCUUGCAAUUGAGAUACUUGUAAAGUGUAUUGAUAUAGCAUUGGUGAUAAAUGCGCCUUUCUGAACAAGCCGAGUGAAUAAAAGUCGAUAUACCCGGGUGGCAAGAAGUUUAACUGAAAACACUAGUGAAAAAUUGACUUUGACUCUUCAAUAAUAUGUAAAAAUGUGAUGUAUUGGAUUCUAUUUUAAACCUGAUACUGCCAUUCGAUAUAGUUUUCUAUAACCGUGUCUAUUAAAGGCGGAGGGUUUUUUAAUGAUUUUAAAUAAAGUAAUACAAAAUAUACAUCAUAUUGCGUGUGAUCUAUAUCUCGGAUAAGUUUAACCCAAUAUAAAAUCGAACAUCGCUGUAACGAAAACGAAAGGAUAGAUAUGGGAUAGAAACAUUAACGGAUAUAUUUAAACGGUGUGAUUUGGUUCAUUUUUUCACUUAAAUAAAUCUGGAAUAUUACGGGAUUUAAUCGAAAUGUCUGGUGAGACGGAAGGGUCUGAGAGACCUUACACGGUCGGGUCGUUCCAGACUAAGCUUGAUCAGUUUCAUGAGUUAAUGAAAGAGAUAACUCUCCAGGACGUGGAAGCUACACCGGAAGAAAAACGUCAAAUGAUCACAGAAAAUUUACGCUAUGACCAAUUUUGUGAUGCAAUACGUCAGUUGUUUGGCUCUGACAUCAAGAAUCAAGACCUUAAAGCAUUGUACAGGAAAAUUUCCACUAAUCCUGAUGCCAAAGUCGACUGGAGUGAGCUGUUCGGGUACAUUCAAACCAGUGCGGAAGAGGCAGAAGAGAUCAUGGUUGGGGAAGAGGUCAGCAUCUUCACAGUGUCGAAAAGAAGACGAGUCGGAGAAGCAGCAGGUGACAAGAAAAGGAGAGACACAGUUCAGUGCCUACGAUAUGUUCCCACCAUGGACUGUUACAUAUCAUGUUCCCAAAAGGGAGCACUUGCCCUCUGGUCUAACAAAUUGAGACUUCAGGCUUGCAUUGAUAUAAAUAUUGGCCCUAGAUUGUUCAGGGAAGCUGCCUGGGUGACAGGGUGUGACUACUUGCCAAGUAUUAGAAGAGCCUCGUGCUGCACGGAGAGAAGUAUUAUCAUCUGGGACAAUAGGUCAAAAGGAAAAAAUCAGCAUGUUUUUGCCAUCAAGCCGUUCGACCAUUCACCACAAUGUAUGGUCAGUGUUCCGAAGCCGGGUUCAAUCCACGAAGAUCGUAUAUUGUUCGGAGAUGAUCAGGGAUAUUUGAAUAUACUCACAGUAGCAGCAAAAGAUCUCACGAUGAAGAACUCAAAAGGUGGCGAAAAGAAACCGGCGAAGGAUCAGAAUAUUCUACAUGUUAUAGAACCUAACAGACUCACUGUGCCAAUGGUGAGAAGAAAAGUUCAUGAUGACUGGGUCACUAGGGUAAAAUAUUUUCCAGAGUUACAUUGUUUUGCAUCAUGCUCCCCAAGCAGUAAACAGUCUUUUGUUUUAGAGGAACUAGACAGGAUUUAUGAUAAUGUUGAAGGUGGUCAUAUGCCACACAGGGAAAUGCGAGGUGUUUCUGUACAUAAAGGUGUAAACGCCUUUGACUAUUGUGCCAAAGCUAACAUUAUAGCGACUGGAGGUGUUGACAAGGUGAUACGUGUAUGGCAUCCACAUAUAUUCUCCAGACCAACAG